AUGGGAGAUGUUCAAAUUCGGUUGAACCAUAGGUUAUCCACAUUCCUAAUCACAAAAACGACCGUUUACAUUUCUUUUGUCCUAUUUUUUAUCUUAAUUGUCAUCGGUUAUCUCUAUUCCUUUCCCGGCGAGUCCAUCGGCGACAACUACCGGUUCGGAGAAUCCUCCGACCACUACCGGUUCGAUACCUUUUGUAGCGAACCGGAGCCAGCCCAUCUUAUCCGGACCAAACUCAUUGACGCGUUCUUCAAUGGCACGUCACCCUACGCUAACUUCCCACCAAAACACGCCAUUCCUCUUUUAACCCCAGCCAAGAUCAACGGAUGGGAUUCGAACAAUGUUGUUUUUAGUAACCUUAUGAGAAAGUACCGACCAAAGACCAUCAUUGAAGUAGGUACGUUUUUAGGCAUGUCUGCAAUCCACAUGGCCGAGUUGUCACAUGAGAUUGGCUUAGAUUCCCAAAUAAUUUGCGUUGAUAAUUUUCGUGCAUGGCCUGGACUUGAUAUACCCAUGAUAAACGGCGACGUUUUGUUGAUGUAUCAAUUUAUGCAAAAUUUGGUUCACAAGAACGUGACCGAAUCAGUUUUAUUUCUUCCUUAUUCCACUACCGCAGCUCUAGAUAAAAUGUGUAAGAUGGGAAUAUAUGGAGAUAUGAUUGAGAUUGAUGCGGCUCAUGAUUUUCAUUCGGCUUGGAGUGACUUGAACCGGGCUUACAAGGUUUUGGCACGUCACGGGGUCAUUUUUGGGCACGACUAUUUCAAUAAGGAAGAUCAUUAUGGUGUUCGAAGGGCAGUUAAUUUGUUUGCUAGGUUUAAGGGUCUUCGUGUUGAAACAGAUGGAAUGCAUUGGGUCAUACAUCCUAGUAAAUCAAUUAAUUAA